AUGGAAGACGCCAGCGCCACCAUCUUUGUCACCGUUCAGAAGAUCUAUUACCCGCUGCUGUGCAUCAUGGGUAUUCCAGCCAAUCUCUUCACCUUCUACAUGAUCUGCUUCCGUAAAUGUGGGAUGUCCGACACAGCCAUCGUUUACCUGAGCUGCCUGGCUGUCGUGGACACCUUCUACCUGGUCUGGGUGAUCCUUAUUGAUUUGACGCUCACCUUCUGGCUGUUGCAGCCCUUCUGGCACUCCCACCCAUGGUGUGGCAUCCUGGGCUUCUUUCAGUACGGCUCCCUCUACAGCUCCUCCUGGAUUGUGGUGGUGUUCACCAUCGAGCGCUACCUGGUCCUCCGCAGCACAGCAGCUAAGCGCCACUUCUCCCAGGCCUGGGUGACUAGACUGACCUGUGCAGGCAUCGUCCUGGUGUCCCACCUGGUCUCUGUGCCACUGGCCUGGAUAAAUUUUGUUUCACCGGUCAACUUUACCGCGAAAGGGGAGAAUUACACACUGCCCAGGUGCCACUACCGUGAUAAGACCUACUCCACUAUUAUAGUGUGGAUAACGACCUUCCUCUCUGGUGGAAUCCCCAUUGUGCUGGUCAUCAUUUUCAACUACCUAAUCGGGUAUCAUCUGUGCAGGGCCACUAAACUCUUUACAAAGGAGGAGCGGCGGGUCAUACAUGGAAGGGGCACCAAGGGCAUGCUGAGGAGGACCAUCCUGCUGUUGGGGACCGUCUCUGUGGCCUUUGUUGUCCUCAGCCUGCCUCGCUUUGUCACAUACUGCAUUCUGAGGACUAAGUACAAUGACGAGAACUUCAACAGGAAUGACUACACCAUCCCUAUCAAUGUGGCCGGAGACUUGGCCAACAUGCUCCAGAACCUCAACUCCACCACCAACUUCCUGCUCUACUGCAUGGUGAGCCGGCGCUUUCGUCAGGAGGUGGUCCAGGUGGUCAUGUGUAAAGCAAAGGCGCGUGAGUUCGGCUCCGUUCUCACCCAAACCACCAUGAAAGUCUUCUCAGUGGCAGACCAGAGGACCAUCCAUUACAGACCAUCCAGCAACCCUGGGACUGUGGUGCUAACUGGUCUCAAGCCAAAAGACUAGAA